CGGGUUCACGUCUUCUCAAGUGACACUCGAGACUGGACAGCGCUUACCCUGGAAUUGGAUCAAUGGCAGAGCAACAAAACGGCAUCAGAUGGCUGUGGAUGACAAGACUGGAGAAGUCGUCGGAUAUGUCAGAUGGGUAAUGCCCUCCCAUCUAGCAAAUGCAAAAGAACCAGUAUGGCCAGAAGCUCAGGUCGCAGAACCCUCAUCUGAGGACCGCGCCGAGCACGAAAGAGACUUCAAGAACGCUACAAACAACGGUCGGGUCAGAGGGCUAAGGAACGAUAUGAUGGAGUUCCGCAGUACACCUCUUGAGGAGGUGGACGCUAAAAUCAACGAGGGUGGUCCCUUCUUGUUCCUCGACUAUCUGGCAGUUUCGCCCAAGUAUCAACGUCAAGGCGCAGGUGCACUCUUGCUACGUGAUGGUCUUGCAGUGGCCGAUGCUAAUGGCUUGAAGUCGUAUACCACAGCAUCGGCGGCCGGUGUGAAGUUGUAUCAAAAUCAAGGCUUUGAGACUGUUGAGGUCGUCACUGUUGAUUACUCCAAAUUUGGAGGUGUUGAGCCAGUGACAGACUACUUCAUGAUUCGUCAGCCCCAAAAGUACAGGACGUGACUAUCGACAUAGUUUACUGAACCAGCUUUAGUUGUCCGCCAUCUCACAAUUUCACUUUUACCUACUUGCCUUGACUUGCGUAAAUCUUAACUUCUGUCUUCUCCGUCGGC